AUGACCGAUUUUAACCCCCGAAUUAUUACGUCGAGUCCUCCCUCAGUUCGAAGUCGACCGUUAUUUGAUCAAAGUCCUGAUAGUCCACCAUAUACGGGUGUUUCUACGCCUUUCUCAGACACAUCUGUUGUUGAGAAACUAAGCGAUCAACGUAGCGCUGGCCAUCGACGGUCGAUGCAACCUCUAUCGUCCCCAAUACGAGCUGAUUCUCAGAUGCGUCAAAUGACCACUGAGCGCCAGCAAGCACGAGAUCGACGUGCGAUGCGUAUGCGUGGUGGGAUCGACAAAAUGGAACGACAAGUGGCACAAUUGGAACAAAUUCAAGAACGACGUGUACUGGACUCACAGGCAACGUACCACAUGUUGGAUCCGGAGAAAGCGGCAGCGCUGGAGCGUGAACAAGAAGAGCAAGAAGACGACGAGACCUUGAGGUUCAUCGAGGAAUACCAAUGGUGCGAGGAUGAGUUGAGACGUGAACAAGAGCUUAUAGAAGCCAUGCUGGCAAGGUUUUCUAUCAGUUGA